CAGGCGGCAGCCCUACAGAGCCCCUUUCCCCUGUUCAGUAUCACCUCUCUUCUUAAGUUUGUUAACACGAGAGACCAUUUGUGCGGAAUCUUUAAUCUAUGGAUUGGGAUGUUUUUGUGCUGGAAAUUUCAGAUGGGAAAAAGGCUUGUGUAUAUGGCUUAUGUACAGUGGUUGUUCAUGGUAAAUUAUUCGAGAGUUUGGUCUCAAGUAGCAAAUGUUAUGCAAGGAGGCGAUAAUCUUGAACAGAGAAUGGGGGCAUGGUCUUGAAGGAAACAGGAAGGACAAGAGCUUGAGUGAAUCAACCCAUUUUUUCAACGAAGGCAGAAUGGAAGUGGUUGAAAAGCCUGCCUUGGGUGGAAUGGAAAAUGCAUUUUGUAAUAAUGUUCUGAGGCGGAUUGCUGAUCUUUUUGCGGGGCGGUUGACAAUUGACCAUUUCGGGAAUGCUUCACGACCAGUACAAGGAAGAGAACGGAAAAGGAUAUGCAGGAGAUCGGGUGACACAGUUUGGGGAGCAUGGGGCAUUCUUCCUACUGAACUUCUGGUGUCACUUCUGCUAAAAUUAAGUAUCGUGGACUACCUGUCAUUUAGCGGUGUUUGUAAAUCUUGGAGGUCUGCAUCUAUUGAUUUCCGCAAAUAUUGUAUGGAGCACCAGCAACCCCUAAUUGUUGUUCGGCCAAAGUAUUCAAAAAUGUCUUGUGUAUUGUACAAUAUGUUCGAUAUGAAAAGUUACAAAACAAUGCUGCCAGAUUUGCCUUGCAAGAAAUUAUUGGGUUUGUCAUGUGGGUACCUGAUUACAAUCGACAGAAACCUAGGCUUUUGGCUCGUAAAUUUAAUGACAAAACAUGAGCUGCGUUUUCCCUUCCUUCGUGGUAUGGGUGACAGAAAUUUCUUUGAAUUUUCUGCUCGCCUCUUUCGGUCCACUCGGCUUUCAGAAACUUUCAUGAUUCUUUUCUCUCUGAGAAAAAAUUAUAUUUUUUUAUCCAAAAGUGGCGGCAGCAGUUGGCAAAGAUAUGUUUUAUUCGACACAAAAGCCAGGAUUGCAGAUGUGAAGAUUUUUGAUGGCAAAAUCUUUGUUUUGACUUCAGAUGUACGUUUGGGAGAAUUUAAUCCGAAGGCAGGUUCUGUUCCGAAGUUCUCCAAAAUCAGCAUUCCUUUCCAGGUUUCAGCUAAUAUGUAUUUGAGGUUGGUAGCGUCAGACAAUAAGCUAUACAUGACUGUAUUGAAUAACCCUUAUCCUGCAUUGGACCAAUAUCUUUCAUUAUUCGAAAUUGACCAUGAGACAAUGGAUAGAGCAAAACAGAUUCAUGACUUGGGUGCAAAAUCUUUAUUUCUUAGUUGGUUCAGUUCUGCUGUCGUCGAUACAACUGGUUGGGGAGCAGGUAACUGUGUCUGUCUUCUUCAGUUCAGAUUUUUGAAUGCUUGUUCUUUCUUUAACCUGAAUGGAAAUCGGCUAGGAACAACUCCUGUUGUUUGGGAUGGUUAUUUAUUACCAUAUUUUUGGUAUUUUCCUAGUGAAAUUUGGUCAAUCAGUUGUGUCAGUGAUGAGUUUGGCGUGUGA